AUGCUUUCCUCAAGGCCCAAGUAUGGGUCGAAACAGCAGACCUCAUCAGCAUCGGAUGACCUAUUUACAAAGCGCUAUAAGCUCUCACAUCCUCCAGACGUCUUUUCUUAUAAUGGUAGCUUGCCAUUCGAUCAAAGUUUGAUUGAUAUGCUAUCUCCGCCAACCUCAAACACUGAUUCCAUAGUUUCCAACUACCCAGAUUUCAUCCCAUGGUCUCACAACAAACAAGAGGACGGUAUUGCAGCCAACAGCCUUCAGAAAGGAUGUGUAGAGCGUCAGAUUGUCAAUAAUGAACUAAGAUCGGGAAGAAACACUAUGCAGAAUUCUCUCAAGGCGUCCGUGUUGACUAGCGAUGGUAAUCUGACCAAAUCCAUCGGCCUAAAACUGGAAGAUCAGAUUUCUUCCUCCACUUCCAACAUUUCCAAAAGCUCGGUGACAAGCUUGUCAAACUAUAUGUUGGAAGCCAUAAAUAAACGGAACAAAUUCAAUAGGAUAUCCAGUAAUUCAAGUUUCAAGCCCCCGCCAAGAGUAACGUUAACCGAACAGAAGAAGGAAUUAUGGUUGAAGAAUUUAGCAGACAGUUCUAUAAGUCUACGAAAGUUGUCGCGUACCAUCCCCCACGGCAUCAGAAAUAAAACUCUAUUGGAUCAGCUAGUAAGCAAAAGAGUACCAGUGAACAGAGCGAUAUGGUUCAUAAAGUGUAUAGGAUUGAAUGAAUUGCGACAGUUAAAGAGAAAAGGAGGGAAUCUUAGCUAUAAUGAAAAUAGCAUCCCCAUUGGCGGGAAUCUUGGCAGCAGUAAUGAGAUAGAUAAUAAUGAAAUGUCUUGGAUUAACGAGUGGACUAAACAAUUGAUCGAUUAUUUGGAAAAUACUUUUACAGGCACUCUUGUUGGUCCAGAAAGUUUGAAAUAUCAAGAAGCUAAUGAUCUAGAAGACGUAUUCACCAGUUUGUCAGACUCUUCUUCUAUGAAAUACAAAAUUUUCUACCUAAAUAAUUUGAUCCAUCAGUUAUUUGCCGAAAACUUGAUCAACAAGAAAUUAUUUCUAACUAUUUUAAUUAGCAAGAUCUUGCCGAGCCAUAAAUGUGGAACUUUGCAAAUCACUAAUGAAAGUACUAAUAAUAAAACUACUGACACCAAUACUAAUAUCGUCAAUUCUACCAGUGCUACGAAUACUAAUACCAAUGCUAAUAAGAAGAGUAUUGGCAACAGCAGUAAUAAAAUGAAUCAUACCAAGAGUUCUAAUUCAAAAGAUAUAAAUGAUAAUGUCAUCGGUGGCGAUGAUAACCAUGCUGCUUGCUUCAAUAAGAGUUGUGAUAAGAUUACCUCCUCCAACGCGUCAGGAAGCAAUCCCCAGACCUGUGAUGUGGAUAACAGAAAUUUCUAUCAAACCUAUAUAUUAUUGACGGUAUUUAUAAAGGGUUUAAUGGGACACAUUGUAAAGAACUUCAUUAUGGAAAACUAUUACUCCAAAAAUCAGACUGCUGAAGAUUUGUCCAGUAAUGAUAUUGAUGAUAGAUUAUUUUACACUAAUUUGUUGAGACAGUUGAUUGAAAAUUUGAUUCUCAAGUACGAUUUUAUUCACAAAUGCUUUACACCGGAAAUUGUUUUGGCAAAUAAUGGCCUGGUAGCGACAACAAAGAAUAUCAAUAGUGAUACAAAGCCAACCUCAAAUAACUCCGUUGCAAGUAGUUCAAAUACUCCUCUAAGCGCCUAUAGUAAAGCAGGCAUGACUCCAAUUCAUCCUGUUAGUGCCACAGUCAAAACCCCAAGUUCGCUAUUUUUCAAUUCUAGUAAUAAUAAUGGUGCACUCCUGAGUCCCUACGGUUUGAAUUCUAUCAACUCGCCAUUCCAGUAUACUUUUGCAAACAAUUAUCCUGAUGCUGAAAAAAAUAACUCUAUUUCCGCUGAGAAAGAUAGAAAUUCUGGGUCCAUCCUUGAUUCUAACGAUGAGCUGAUGAUUAAGUUGCAUCAAUUGGUUAAAAAAUUGAGAAAAGUAAUACUCGUGAGUAUCAAGGUAAUAUUGAUGAAUUUGUUUGUAUUGAACAAUGGUGAAUUAUUCAUUUUACCUAAAAAGAAUUGGAGCUUAUUAAAGAAGAUUUUGUUGACUUAUAAUAUUUUGAAUACGAAACAAAAUUUUGAAAACUUAAUCAUUCUGUCAAACCAUGAAACGAAAAAACCCAAUGAUGACGAUGGUAAUAAUAAGGAUUGUUUUGAUGGUGUUGCUCUGGGCUCAGAGGCUUCAUCAACAUUCGCUAACAGUCCAAAUCCAAGACUAAAUGAGAAGACAAAACAAAAGAAUGGUAUAAUUAUGAGCAAUGCGGGAACCCCAACAUCAGGAAAUAUUGGUAGCACUCAAAAUGUCAUUAAUUCAAGUAACAUACUCAUUGAUCAAGAACUUUACAGCGCUAACUGUCAAGAAAAGGUUAGCGAUGACUUGGAUCCAACUAAUAGCACAAUUAUCACGGACAGCAACUCCAUUUUAAAGCAUGGUAUAAACUUUGAUAUUUCACAUGCUCAAGAGAAUUUCAUUAUUCAAAAUAAUUCCAGAAUCGUAUUGAAAAAACAAUUCGAGGUCAUCAGUAGUCGAAAUGAUGCAUUAUUCAACAACAUUUCCAAUUCAUUCAAAGACUUGUACAAUUUUGAAAAAAAAGCCUUGUUGAUGUUGAAUAAUGAAACCUCACUUAAUGGAAAAGAGAAUUUUAGUGAUACCAAUAGAAAGGGAUUAACUUCUAACGCAAUGUUAAAAGAUGGUGAAUCAAAUACCAAAAGGCUUCCUGGUCUUUUCAUUAUCAAACCACUGAAUUCCAAAUCAAUUUGCAACGCCAAUAAUGUAUAUCUAAAAAUUGUGAACCUGUUGUUUUACCUUUUGAAUUAUGAUUUUUUCUACUUAGUGGAUUUGAAAAGUGUCAAAUCUGUCAACGGUAAUCUUAAAAGAAGUUUUUCCAUCACUUCCAACAAUAGCAAUGCCUCAACACCGGUUUCAAAGAGACCUCCGAUGAUAUUAAACCCAAAAAAUUACAAAGCUGCUGUUAAUGAAGCAGCAACUUCAGUAAAUCCUGGUUUCGGAAACCCAGUUGCUGAGUCUAGUAUGCUAGAGUCUGUUGAAUUGAAUUCUUUCACAGAAAAAAUUGAUGAGCUAAUAUCCUUAGUGUUUUAUGAUUUUAAGCAAAUCACAAGCAUUAUGAGCAGAAAUGGCUCGAAUGCGAGUGCCACCCCAAAAUUAGGUUCUAUGGGUAAUAAUAUUAAUUGUCAAGAAACUGAAACAAAAUUCAAUUCCAACUCUGAUGACGCUGUGUUAAAGGAUAUUAGGAAAAGAUUGCAUAUCUUGCUAAAAUUCUCUGUGGUUAAUCUAUCAAAGGAAGCAAUUUCUCAGCUGCUCGAUAUUUUUGACACAAACACCGAGGCUUAUGAUGAUUAUGUUGCCGGCAAUAUGAAGCGAACCAAAGACUUCAAGAAAGUUUACUUAGUCAUUUACAUUAUUAAGCAAUCGAUUAACAAGUUCAAGCUGGUCUUGGCUGUGCAAUAUAAUGGCAAUAAUAACGUUUCCAAUGAAGGAAACACUAAUUCUGGAAUGGAUGGUGCAUUGAACAAACCAUCGCCGAGCAGUCUUUAUCCUAGCAACUCAUCUGCUAUAGUCGAAAAUGAAGAUAACUCCCCGACAAUUUCAUCGACAACAAAUGAUCCCAACAUUAUCAAGCUUGUGAAAAAACAGGCUAGUAAUAACUUCAAGGCUUUCUUGCAAAAUGAAAUUCUUCAAUUCAUCUUUCACAUCAAUAAUAAUUAUGCCUUCUUCAAAAAUAUAACAGACAUGGAUAAUGGUAAAUCAAGCCCAAAAAUGAAAAGUGAAAAUAGCAAUCCAGGCCAUGAUGAUGAAAAUUUUUUCAUUGUCUUGCAAUCAAUCAUGGGGGAAACCAACGCAGUUGACAAUAAUAUCACCAUGAUUGGUGCCGAAUUAAUAGAAAAGCUCGUGAAUAUUAGAGUAAAGAAUUCUGAAAAUAAUUCAAAAAUAAUUACAAAUUCUGUGGAGAAUUAUAUGCUAUCUUUGAGUACUGUCAAUUUGGAACCAUUGUUUUAUCUAAUUCUGUCGUUAUUUGAUUCUAAAUUGCUUUCUCUUACCACAUACAUUAGAAAGUUGAUUUCUUCAGGGAUUUUGUAUUUGAAAAGUUUGAAAAGUUACUACGACUUGAAUUUACUACAGUAUUUGAUCUUGAGAAAUGUCGGCAAUAAAAUCAAUGCCAAUGGAACCAUAAAUAACAAUAACAACAUUCAACUCAACUUAAUCUUGAAAAAUUUGAAAGAUAAUUUAGUAUACUAUAUCAAUCACCAACCACAAGAAAACUCCAAUUCAAAGUUUGGCGGUUUGUUAAAUAUAAAUGAUAGAUUGUUGGUUGAGGAAUUAUUCAAGAAUAUUGAUGAACCAACGAGCUCAUUGAUCAUUUCAAAGAUUGAGACUGGCAAGAAAUUGCUCACUGAGAAGGUCAUCAAUAGUUUUUUUGAUGAAGGAAAUGAUCAUUUGACUACUGAACUUAUUGAAUUGAAAAGCUUGUUUAACAUGGAGGUCGCAAUCAAAAACCACUUGGCGAAUUGGCUAUAUUAUCAAUUUCAACAAAGAUUAUUGAAUAAUGGAGAUAAAGAGAAUCUUUUAUUGACGGUUUCCAAAUUAUCUAUUACAAUGGGGGCCUUUUCCAAGUUAAAUAAAUUGGAUUAUUUUUUCAACAUUAUCAGAAUCAUUUUAACUAUCAAUAUCAAUAGCGAUUUUGCAUUGUCUGGGAUUAGUCCUUCUGCUAGCGGAAAUUUUUUGGUGAGCAACACUUUGAAAGAAAUUACCUUUGGAUACCAUGAAUUGUAUUAUAUUUUGAACAUCAUCUGGUAUAAUCAUGAUAUGAUAAACUAUUUAACUGAUUACUUGGACAUCAAGAUUCAUUUCGAAUCCAAGUACUCUUUAAUCAUCAAAUCAAUUAAAUUGAAGCCAGGAAGCUCAGUUAAAGAAUAUUCAAAUAUUUGCCUAAAAACUGUUGACUUUUUGAAAUUGGUGGUUAACAACUACUUAAAAUUGAAUGAUAUUGCAACUAAUUUAUACGGGGGGUAUUCAAAUUCUCCUGACAAUGCUAGUGAUUUCAAGCUUGAUACAUCAAUGCGGAUGGUCAAUUCUUUUGAUUUUAUCAAAUUUUGGAAAUAUUUUUACAAUGGCCUUGAUAACUAUGAAUCACAUUUGAAAAGAGAAAGUGAUAAUCAUGGUGGUGGCAAUUCCAAUGUGCUUGGCAACAAAGUUGCGGUCUCCGGAUUUGAAAAUUCAACUUUGAAUAAUGUUAAGAAUCAAUUGGCUUAUCUCACAACAGAACCGCUCUUCUAUUUUUCUCUGGUGGAGCAAUCUUCUCAAUUAUCAGAGUUCCAUAAGCUUAUUUUGCAGGUCUUAAAGAAUUGUGACUUGGAGAUAGAUGUGGAAAGUUUUUUCAAUACUGAGGAAAUUAUCAAUGUCUUUCAAAAGUUAAUGGAAGCAUUUGUCAACUUCGCAGUUCAAUCUAAUAUUGAUAAUAGAAAAGUUAUCAAGAUGGCAAAGCUUUUAUUAUUAUUAAGGAAAUCUAAUGCCCAGAAAUUUGAUUUUUUGACUGCAAAAUAUGUCCAUAAAAAAGCCUUGGACAUAACUGAAGAGAAUUACUUUACAAUUGUCAAGAUCUUUUACCAUUUGAUCAUUCAUGAAUUAAUAGAUUUCAAGGGUCUUUUUGAAUCAUUAUUAAAAGCCAAUGUGGAUGAGAAGACUGAGAACCAGAAUAAGAAAGACGACAAAAAUAUUAAAUUGGGUAAAAAUGAUAAAACCCAUCCUAAACAAAAAUUGAAUGUCGAUACCAGUGAUCAAAAAUUUGUUAGUGGAAAAGGCUUUGAAUUGUCGAGUAGUUUUAAAUCUAUGGUUAAUCACAAAAAUUCCAAGAUAUUGUGCAAUCUUUUUUACGAUAUUUUGAAUGAUGAAAAACAAUGCAUUAGUUUAUUAUCGCAAGAUUAUGAUUAUCAAAUGCUACAAAUCAGAAAAGAAUUUUUUAAGUCUGAGAAUUUGGACGAUUUUUAUGAAUUGAUGCUAUUGGUUUUAUUUAAUGAAGAUCACAAAGAGUUGUUAAUUUCUAAAUCAUCAUACAAGGAAAAGUGCUUAGAAUUUUUUGUGGGCGCUAGCGAGAAACAUUUAGAUUUAAUUACUGAGAAGAUCAUUUAUAGCAACCUGGUUGAUAAUGAGGAGUUAUUUGGUAUUUGCAAGACAAUUUUAUAUUGCUCUAUUAAUGAGAUUGAUGAUUCUAAAAUGGUAUAUGAUAAGGAGGAUCUCUAUAAGAUUAUGAAUGUUGUCAACGAAAAGAAUUUGCCUAUUUGUCAAUUGAUAAUUUCGAUUGCUUUUAAUUUGGAAGCAAAAAGAUUAAAUAAUCAUGUGGAAGAAAUUAGAAGCUUUGUGAGACAGGUGUUAUUGAAAUUUUUGACAUAUUGCUUUGCUUACAAUAUUGCAAAAAAGCCGUGUGCUUGUAUAGCCGUAGUUGGCGAUUUAUUUCUUUGCUUGAGGGAUGACUUGAAGUUGAUCAUGUUGAAUGAGGUGGAGGUUUUGUUUUUAAGGUCACAUAGUUUCCCCAAACUCAGUUUGAUAACCGACUCUCAUGGGGUUUUUUUCAAUAAUAACUAUCCAGAUUUUGGUGACAACAAACAGGGGCUAUCUUUGGUCAACAAGUACAAUAAUUUUGUUCCUUAUGUUGCCGUCAUUAUUGACUCAAUUUCUAGAAGCUUGAGCACAAUGAGUGGGAUUCCGAUUGCUAAUGAGAUUUUUACACAAUCUUUAGCAAUAUCUUUGGAAAAAAUACUAAAAUUCUUAUUUCAUUAUCAACAGCAUCAUAAAGGCGGGAACCAUUAUACUACAACUCAAGAAGGCACUGUCAGUAAAAGCAUAUAUGUAUUUCUCAAGAUCUUGUCGCUUCAUAAAGUUUCCAUUAUCCAUUUAUUGAACAACAGACAUCCGAUCAUGAAUGAAAAAUUCGUUGGUAAUUUGGUGAUAUUAUUGAAAACCAAGUUUUUCAUCAAGCAUAAGCAACUUCGAAAUAUUUUGUAUGAUUUCUUGUUUUCUGUCAAGUCUAACUUAAACGAAUUGAAUAGGUUGAGGACUGCGUCGAUACGUGCCCACCUGCAACAACCACAGAACCCCCACAAUCCUACGAAUAUCAAUUUUGUUUUGCCGAAGCUUAAUUAUGACAAUUUAAAUGUCGAAUUGACCAAAGGGUUGUUGCUUUAUCUCAAUGACAAUGAUGAGCUUAUUUCGCAAAGUAAUGAUAAACUCUACAACGAUUUGAUUUUACACGAUAAGACCGCAGAAAAGUACUAUGAUUUGUCACUAAAACCGUUUGAUUUUUUGGAAGAUUCUAAUCCAAUUGUCAACAUCAAUGAUAGUUCCAUUAACUUGAAGUAUUUUGGAGCCACAAUUGAUCGCAAAAACCCUGCAUGA